CAGUUCGGCUGUGAACUUCAGAAUCAUUGUGAAGUGUGUGCGCGACAAAUCGCUCAAGGAUCAAUCGGUUCAAAGCAAACCAGAGACACAAGAUCAGCCACACAGCGUAGCGCGGUGCCAAGAAAAUGCUGGCCAGUAAAACUUUUCCCACCCAUCACUUCAAGAAAUCUAUAUAUACGACAUACAAUGGGGCAAGCGCACCGACGAACGUUGAGGAUUUGGCAAACGUGGCCAAGACAUUGACAACAACCACGUCGUCAUCGAGUGAUUCGACUGUGGUCGAGGCAAACACCUCGCCAGUUGAAUUUAGCACUCCCAGCAAAAUGUUGAGCAGCACUUCCACCACCACCACCACCACCACAAACAACAAUAAUAAUAAUAAUAGUAACAACAACAAUAAUAUUGUUAAUGGUUUGUCCAGUUUUGUGGCCAGUCAUCCGGCUGCUGAGUUCGAGGGCUUUAUACGCGCCUGCGUGGAUGAGAUAAUUCAUCUGGCCGUGUUCCAGGGCACUGAUCGCGCCUCGAAGGUGGUCGAGUGGCAUGAGCCCGCCGAGCUGCGUAAGCUGUUCGAUUUUGAGCUGCGCGAGAAGGGUGAAUCGCAGGAAAAGCUGCGUCAGCUGAUGCGUGAAACGAUACGCUACUCGGUGAAGACGGGCCACCCAUAUUUCAUCAAUCAGCUGUACUCGGGCGUGGAUCCCUAUGCCCUGGUGGGCCAAUGGCUAACGGACGCACUCAAUCCCAGUGUUUAUACCUAUGAGGUGGCUCCCGUUUUUACGCUGAUGGAGGAGCAGGUUCUGGCCGAAAUGCGACGCAUUGUGGGCUUCCCAGACAAUGGACAUGGCGAUGGCAUCUUCUGCCCAGGUGGCUCGAUAGCCAACGGUUAUGCAAUCAGCUGUGCCCGCUACAAUUAUGCACCCGAGUCCAAGAAAAAUGGUCUCUUCAAUGCAAAGCCAUUGAUCAUCUUCACAUCGGAGGAUGCUCAUUACUCGGUGGAGAAGUUGGCCAUGUUUAUGGGCUUUGGCAGCGAAAAUGUGCGCAAGAUUGCCACUAAUGAGGUUGGCAAGAUGCGCCUGAGCGAUUUGGAGGAGCAGAUCCAGUUGUGCCUGGACAACAACUGGCAACCGUUGAUGGUAUCGGCAACGGCAGGCACCACUGUGCUGGGCGCAUUCGAUGAUUUGGUUGGCAUCUCGGAGCUGUGUCGCAAGCACAACAUGUGGAUGCAUGUGGAUGCCGCCUGGGGCGGUGGUGCACUUAUGUCUAAGAAAUAUCGCCAUCUGCUCAAUGGCAUUGAACGCGCCGAUUCGGUUACAUGGAAUCCACACAAGCUGUUAUCAGCCUCACAGCAGUGCUCCACUUUCCUGACGCGCCAUGCCCAAAUCCUUGGCCAGUGCCACUCGACGAAUGCCGCAUAUUUGUUCCAGAAGGACAAGUUCUACGAUACAUCCUUUGACACGGGCGACAAGCACAUCCAGUGUGGCCGGCGUGCGGAUGUUUUCAAGUUCUGGUUCAUGUGGAAGGCCAAGGGCAGCAAGGGAUUCGAGGCACAUGUGGAGCAGGUAUUUGAAAUGUCCGAAUUCUUUACCGCCAAGUUGCGCGAGCGUCCCGGCUUCGAGCUGGUCCUCGAUCAUCCGGAAUGCACAAAUAUUACGUUCUGGUAUGUGCCGCCCAGUCUGAGGCACAUGGAGCACAAUCAGGAGUUCUACGACAAGCUGCACAAGGUGGCGCCGAAGAUAAAGGAGGCGAUGAUCAAGAAGGGCUCCAUGAUGAUCACAUAUCAGCCGUUGCGCAAGCUACCCAACUUCUUCCGACUUGUGCUGCAGAACUCCUGUCUCGAAGAAUCCGACAUGCUCUACUUCAUCAACGAGAUCGAGUCCCUUGGGCAAAAUUUGUAGUGACUCAGAUGAACUGAGUGCAUUCUGUUUAGGCAUAUGAUGUAUAUAUAUAUAUAUAGGUAUGGUAUUGUAACUGGUAUUAUCUCGCGAUUAUUAUAUCACAUCGUAUUGAAAAUGUUUUAGGAUUUUAAGUUGAUACAAAAUAAAGACAUAGAUCAAGUCAAGCACUUGGAUAAAAGAAA